AUGCGCCCCCAUCUAGGAUCCACUGCCAUUAUGAAGAGUAUUACAGUAAGUGUACUGGCAGUCUGCGGCGGCCAAGGACCAGAGGAGGAGGAGGACUUCACCACCUUCCCCUCCGCGAACGAGACAGAUCUGCCGCCCGUCACGCCCACGAGAUUCACCGCCGCCAAGGACACGCAGGAGGCGCCGCUGCUGGAGGAGGAGCCCUACUUCGACGCCUCCAUGACGGCAACGUACACGGGCUACCUGGGCAAGACGGCGACCCUCACCUGCAUCGUCCACGCCGCGAAGAACGAUAAGUCGGUGUCGUGGAUUCGCGGGCGCGACCUGCGGAUCCUGACAGUGGGCGGCUACACAUACACGACGGACCUGCGCUUCGAGGCGUUCCACCAGCCGCACAGCACGGAGUGGACGCUCAGGAUCAAGUCGGUGCAGCUGCGCGACCAGGGCGGCUACGAGUGCCAGAUCGCCACCAAGCCCAUCAGGACGUACCACGUGUUCCUCAAAGUAGUGGAUAUCCACAAGAAAUUCAAAAGAGCACUAUCGUCAAUCACGGCCUGUCAACACGAAGCAGCCCUCAAUCCUGAGCCAUCAGAACUGCCUUUCACGGGUCUCAAUACACAUCGCGUACCACUGGUUAAAAACCUGUGGAAGGCCGCCCGUCUGCCUCCGAACUGUGUCUCCAUUCCAGAACCAACCGUAGAGGUCGUAGGAGCGCCAGACAUCUACGUAAACACAGCUAGCAUGAUCAACCUCACUUGUGUGGUGCACCAUGCACCUUACCCUCCGGAGGAUAUCACUUGGUACCAUGGCAACCAGGUACUUUACAAGCGCACAUGGUACACUGUGAAAGCGAGUGAGUGA